AUGUACGUCCCCUUCCUCACCAAACGGCGGGGCGGCGGGGCAAGCGCUGGUGGUGGGCGAUCCAGCGGCAGCAGCAGUGGGGGGCAAGAGCGGCUCCUCGUCGUCAUCCUCCAGCGGGAAAAGCGGUUCUUCGUCGAGUGGCGGGAAGGGCGGCUCAUCUUCAAGCAGCGGGAAGAGCGGAUCCGGGUCGUCGUCAGCGGGAAAUCGCGGUCAGCCUCGACGUCUAGCUUCGGCGGGGGGAAGCCGUUUAUGAUACCGAGUGGACAGCUGUUUGCGGGGAGGAGUGCAGGCGGGGGAACGCGGGGACAAGUGUUUGGCACAAGGGCAUAUGGCAGCGGCUACCCUGGCGUUUACAGUCGCGGCGUUGGCGGUCGUGGAUUUCCCUUUUACUUCUGGCCGCUGGCGUGGGGCACGAGUGCAGGACUGGGAUUCGGCGCUGGUGCCGCGUAUAUGCACACUGACGAGUACGGCGAGCCAACGAACUCUUCUCGACCGGGUGGUGUCAUGGCCUCCCUCCCCUUCACCUCCAACUCUUCUUCGUCGACAUUCCACCUGGUCGCAGACAACACCACGCUCUCGUCCCUCCUCGCCCCCAUAACCACCAACUGCUCGUCAUUCCUCGCGUCCCCAUCAGCCAACACCACGCUUUCCCCCUUCAACAGCAGCGCACUCUUCCCCGAGCAGGUCGUUCAAUACUUCCGCGCGUCGUCGGUCGCGCUGACGCUCGACGGGUACAACAACUCCGCCGUCUUUGCAGCGGAGAAUAGCACGAGCGACACGGCGCUGCCUGCGGGGACAGACCUUGCCCUGCUCGCGUGUCUCAACGCGACCAUCGGGCAGGCGGUGCCACUCGUUAGCGGCGCAGAGAGUCAGGCGCGGAUGGGGAUGCUGUGGGUGGUCGUGCUCGUCGCGGUGGUUAGGGUGUUCGGGCUGUAG